UUUACUGGGAGUGCCGAGGUGAUCGCAUCGCGCCUCCCGCAGCUGCCGCAGUCUCCGUCACGCCGCAGUCACCGUCAGCCUCACAUAGUAGUCAUCAACAGUCACCGCCUGACCAACGCAGAGCACCGUAACGCUCACACAGUAACGAGAGAGGGAGAGUCAACGAUUUCGUUAUGGGAGACACUGCAGAGGUGCGGUUUGUACGGACGGGCAGCCUAGCGGAGAAGAAGGCCAUGCUGGAGGUGCGGUCGGCCGAGGCUGGCAGGCUGCACAACCCUCACCACAACACCCAGCAGGUCAGAUAUCUUCGCCUGGGAAGCUUGUUGCGUGUGAAGGCAGCUGGAGACACCAACCCCCGUUGUCCACUACUCGACAAUCAGCAGCCAUUCGAACUGCGGAACUCCAGCUUAGCCGACACCAAGAAAAUGUUUGACCAGAAAGCGAAAGGACACACAGCCAAGAUGGCCGCCAACCCGUUCAGUGGGAGCUUCAAGAAUCAGGUUUCUACUAAACUGUCCCGUGAUGACCCCAACUACGGCAAGCCGGUGGCGGGCAGCAAGUCGGAGCGACGGGGCAAGAACGCUGCCAGACACAUCAACGCCGAGGUGGUGCUCCUGUGUGACAUGAUCUACCAGGAGGGUCACCAGUACGACAACGGCACCGCCGUCAUCUCCUUCGGCGACCUCUUCCAGAUCUACACCCGGAUCUCCAACAAGGUGGUCGGCAUCCUACUCCGCGCCCGGAAAUAUGGACUCUUGGACUUCGAGGGGGAGAUUCUCUUCCAGGGGCGAGACGAUGACGUGCCAAUCUUCCUCCUCAAGCCUAUUAAAGAGAUCAGAGAAGAACUCGGGAAGGAUCAGGAGUUCGAAGUUGGUGUGUGUCAUAAUAAGAUGGACCCCGACUCCUAGACUCCAGCCCCUGGAGCAUCACGUCUUGGCUCUCUGCCCCGAGGAUCAUCGGCAAUCAGCUCCAAGAGCUAAAUAUAAAGCAAGACCAGUUUCUUCUCUCAAGUAUUAAAUCGUAUAUUGACGCAUCAAUC